UUCUGCGAUCUUAACCAAUCCUUGUGCGCAGCAGCCCGACUAAUCGAGUGCUGAUUGUUGCAGAGUGGGACCAGGGGAUAGAGCAAAUAUCCACUCUGAAGACUUGAAAUUAUGCCUCUAGCCCGUGCAUUGUUGAAGGCGACAGCAGCCAACAAGACGGCUGCCCGUUCAGCUUACACUGCUGCAAAGCCUGACUACACCAACCCCAACUGGUUGCGCGUGGGUCUGGCAUUCGGGAGUUCCGUUGCUCUGUGGGGACUGCUUUUCAAGCAGCACAGCGAAGACGUACAGGAAUAUAAAAAGAGGAAUGGACUUGAGUGAUUCUGGCAAGACAAAGAAGUCCCUGGUGUCGAGGUGAAAGUGUGGCAGGGGCCUGUUUUCCUGUGAAUGCCUGAUUUGUUUUCUGUUGUAUAUUUGCUGGCUAUUUGUGGUCAGGGCAUCUGUUCCAUGUUAUGUAUUAAAUAAAUUCUCUACAGACAUUC